GAGGCAGUUACAGCCUCACACAGGCUUCCACACUCAUUCUUCCAGACCCACUCAGGCCCCACAGGACGCCUCUGGGCUUCCCAUUGCGCCCUCCCACUCCCAGCUGAGUCUCAGCCUCACAGCCUCCGGCACAAGCCCAGAGUCGCUGACGCUCACACACGUGCUGUGAGUCGGCCUCUGCCGUCCUCCAUGGCAUCCCACGCUGCCACACUCCUGACCCUCAGCCUGCUGAUUCUCUGGACCUCCCCUGCUCUGGGUGGUACCAAUGACACGGAAGACUGCUGCCUGACUGUGAACCAGCGCCCUAUCCCUAGGAACAUCGUGCAAGCCUUUCGCUACCUCCUCCUCAAGGAUGGCUGCAGAGUACCUGCUGUUGUGUUCACCACUGUGAGAGGUCGCCAGCUCUGUGCACCCCCAGACCAGCCCUGGGUGGCCCGCAUCAUUCGGAGACUACAGAAGGCCUCUGCAAAGAACAAGCGCAGUUAGCCCAUGACAAGCCCAGAGGGAGCCCUAUGACUGAGGGAAGGAAUGUGCAUCACCAUGGCCCUGGGGACCCAAGGACCAGAAGGGAAGACAAGGCCUCCUGCUCCUCUGCACCGGACCUGGCCCAGCCAGAGCAGGGCCUGGAGUGUCAGUGUGAGCAUGAGCGUGAGCAAGCAUGGGUGUGGCAGGAGCACAGCUUCUCCACACGGACUGCAGUACUUCCAAUAAAGUCCAACUGGGACCCACA